UUGUUCCUCCCACAUCAGGGGCUUUCCACCAUCCGCUCAAGUGGCGCUCUCUCCUCUCCUCUUAUUGACUUCUUUCAAAGUUUUCUGAAGUGUAGACAGGCACAAAUCUACAAUUAGGGUUGAUAAAGUCGACGGAUAAAGACGUUGAGAUAGCAGGCUGCUGAAGAAGACGGAAUCAAGAAUAGUGUCCGGCACACAUUAUGGCUGAACAUGUGGUCGUCACCUCAGACAGAGCAAGACUAAAGGAUGGAUGCAUGGUUUUCACAUUGUACGAGAAAGAAGACCCGGUACUCCGGCUGCGUGUGCGAAACACAGGUGACGACAGUGUGUAUCUUAACCAGUAUGCUGCAGAGCAGGAAACUACCGGCCUAACUCUCCAUGAUGACCAUGGAAUCAGCACAGGGAAGCCAUUUAGGAUUGUAUCAGGAAAACAGUGUGAAAUCAGAGCGCAUUGUCGUUUUCCCCAGUCUGAUGUGUUCUGUGCAAGGCUGGUCUUCCACUUCAACUCAAACAAUGGGUCCGAGGCAUUCAGAAUUGACUGUCCGAUUGAAGUCAGCUAUAAAAGCAGAACCGCAAAAAGUAAACGUUUGAAGUCUGUGAUUCGUCUGAAGGAAUAUCGUUUACCUGCUGACAUCAAAAGUAUCAUAAGAGACCUCAAUAAUGGUGGCUCAUCAUCAAAGGAAAAGAACUUGCUGGAAAAAGAGCUUAGAAUGCAGGAGUACGCCAAGAGGUUUGACUUACUGCUGCAUCUGGAGGAGUACGAACGAACCAAAAGCACGAGGCAAUCCUGCCUGGAUGACAUUCAGCUAACCAGAAGCGGGGAACUGUUUUUUAUGAAGGUGGAAGGUUUCAGGCAGCACUUUCGAUCUUGUCUGCCAGGAGACCAGGUGAAGAUCAGGCAACUUUGGGAUUACCAGUGGCACCGAGCCUAUGUCCAUAACAUCAUUGGGGAUGAGGUACAGCUAAGCUUUGGCAAACGGCGGCAGAAGCUCUUCAAGGACACCAUGCGGUGCACCGUUCUCUUCACUAUCAGCCGCUUUACCACUCGUAUCCAGCACAGGGCAGUGGAGCUGGCGGGUACAGGCGGCUUGGAGAAGGUGCUGUUCCCGACUGGGACCAGCCCCACGCCCAGCCACGCCCCUCCAAUGGAACUCAGUCUGUUUGACCAAACUCUGAACAAAGAGCAGUCCAUGGCCGUGCAUCACAUCGUGGCUGGCUCCUCUAAGCCAGCUCCUUACCUGGUGUUUGGACCCCCUGGCACUGGUAAAACAGUCACUUUGGUGGAAGCCAUCAGGCAGGUAGAGAAGACCCAUGCCUCCUGCCACAUCCUUGCCUGUGCCCACACCAACUCUGCCACUGACCUGCUCUGUGAAAAGAUUAUGAACCCUGAAGUAAAAGUUUACCGCCUGUACGCCAAAAGCCAGGAAAGUGAAAUAAAUCUACAGGUGGGCCUUUUCUUUAUUCACACCUAGUGAAAUAUUAAAUUGCAAUGCAAAGACAUUGAUGACUGUGUGUGUGUGUCUGUAUGUGUGUGUGUGUGUGUGUGUGUGUGUGUGUGUUUCUGUGUGUGUGUGUGUGUGUGUGUGUGUGUGUGUGUGUGUGUGUGUGUGUGUGUGUGUGUGCGUGCGUGCACAGCAGGGACGUGCACAGGAAGUUUGAGGGGCAGUUGCUCUGACCUGAAAAAAGGGCACCCCCCUCGCCCAAAAAAAAAUAAUAACUCACAGGCUAUAUGAAGGACUGAGAUUAACAGGGUCUUUAUUAAUAUAUUAAUACAAAUAAGUAAAACACUGAAAUAACUACUACUAAAGAUAAUGCAGAAAAACAUGACUUGAAGA